GUGUGGUAAACUUACAAAACCUGACUUGUGUGUGUGUGUGUGUGUGUGUGUGUGUUUUCCAUUUAUAGUGUGCCCAUAAGAAUGAUUAUUACAUUUCAUCUAAAUAUGUGUUCUCUUCAUUAUUAUGAAUAGAACUUGCUUAUUGGUACCCAGAUGUUCUUUUACGAGGAAACACUCGAAGGCCUUGUCUGAACUGGGAGAAAAAUUAUGGGAAUGUGUUCUCGUCGCUUUCAUUGGUUAUUUGUAAAAAAUGUGUACCAUGUAGAUCUCGUGGUUUUCAAGAGCCGAGAGUCAUGCUGAAUCCAAUUAUUUGAAAGAGCAACUCCACACUCUUUCUUAAUGCGCUUUCAACAUGCGUUUUCCAAAGACACAGCUCUCUCCCUACUUUGGGUUGCAUUGCUUCCAAGCAAAAAAGUGUCCUCACUUUCCUCCAUGGACAACAAUCCUUCACAGCUCCUCCCGUCAGAGUUGAUUGACCAGUGUAUAGGUUUGAAAAUCUGGGUUAUAAUGAAAGGAGACAAGGAGCUUGUCGGUACUCUUAGGGGCUUCGAUGUGUAUGUCAACAUGGUCCUCAAGGAUGUCACUGAGUAUUGGUCCCUGGUGGCUCCCCUGAUCUGGAAUGAGUUGGAUUCAUCCUCUAAUCCCAGCAGCAAAUUAUGUAGGUACUCUCUCACUCUCUCUCAAGACAUGCCCUCUUUUGAGCAUUAGGGAUGUGGAUCCUCUGUCCUGCACUAUACUCCCAUGUGUGUCUCAACAUUCGUCUGCUGCUGAAGCUUAUCUCAUUCACAUGCAUCAACGGUUGAGAAGUGGUUUAGGGUUACAGCACGAAUGGGAGCCCUAUGGUUGUAGAGUGUGUUCAUCCAGCAUAUGCUAUCUUCUUGGUGGCCUGCUAUUUGACUACCCUUUCUGUGUUAUUGUACAUACGCGAUCUAAAUGCAGAAGUGUGUUCCCAAUUUCCACUUUGGAAAGGAUCAAAGAGUUCCACUUAUGUACUCGUUGCUCUUGCUUGAAAAGCUUCUACAUCACUAUGCAGUAUGGUUCUGGUACCGACGCAUCAGUCCUAAGAUGUACACUGUACUGCCUAUAAGGGACGUGUUUUGCUCCAUGUGACCUCAAUUUUCCACCCAAGUAGCUGCAUUUGCUGCACAUUACGAAAGGAUCCGUGCCCAAAGCAAACUCACUUGUUUUGACUUUAACUGGUUUUUGUCGCUCGUGUUUUC